GCGGGUUGGGGGUCGCGCGGGGCGGCAGCGGCGCGAGCGCGCAGCCCCCGCGCCUCUUCCCUCCGCGCUCCCCGCUCCAUCUGGAACCAGGACGUGGAUGUUACAUGAAGACCCUGUGUGGACAGUAAUGACCGCACGUUUCCGAUUGCCUGCUGGCAGAACCUACAAUGUACGAGCAUCUGAGCUGGCACGAGACAGGCAGCAUACAGAGGUGGUCUGCAACAUCCUACUCCUGGAUAACACUGUACAAGCUUUCAGAGUUAAUAAACAUGAUCAGGGCCAAGUUCUAUUGGACGUAGUCUUCAAGCAUCUCGAUUUGACAGAGAGAGAUUACUUUGGUUUACAGUUGGCUGAUGAAUCUACUGAUAACCCUAGGUGGUUGGAUCCAAACAAACCUAUCAGGAAACAAUUAAAAAGAGGAUCUCCUCACAGUCUGAACUUCAGAGUUAAGUUUUUUGUAAGUGACCCAAACAAGCUCCAAGAAGAAUAUACAAGGUACCAGUACUUUUUGCAAAUUAAGCAGGACAUUCUUACUGGAAGAUUGCCCUGUCCUUAUAAUACUGCUGCUCUUCUGGCUUCCUAUGCUGUUCAAUCCGAGCUGGGAGACUACAACCAUUCAGAAAACUUGCCAGGCUACCUCUCAGAAUAUUCUUUCAUCCCUAGCCAGCCUCAAGACUUUGAAAAAGAAAUAGCAAAAUUACAUCAGCAGCACAUAGGGUUGUCUCCUGCAGAAGCAGAGUUCAAUUAUCUCAAUACAGCACGUACCUUAGAACUUUAUGGAGUUGAAUUGCACUAUGCAAGGAAUCUCUCCUCUCUGUGUUCUGAGAUUGCAAUUUCCUUUCAGGAUCAGAGUAGCAAUGAAAUAAUGAUUGGAGUGAUGUCAGGUGGAAUACUAAUUUUUAAGAACAGAGUACGAAUUAACACCUUUCAGUGGUUGAAGAUUGUAAAAAUUUCUUUCAAGUGCAAGCAGUUUUUUAUUCAGCUUAGGAAAGAAUUGCAUGAAUCUAGAGAAACAUUACUGGGAUUCAAUAUGGUGAAUUACCGAGCAUGUAAGAAUUUGUGGAAAGCUUGUGUUGAGCAUCACACGUUCUUCCGUUUGGACAGACCACUUCCACCUCAGAAGAACUUUUUUGCGCAUUAUUUCACUUUGGGUUCCAAGUUCCGGUACUGUGGGAGAACAGAGGUCCAAUCUGUGCAGUAUGGUAAAGAAAGAGCAAAUAAAGACAGGGUAUUUGCAAGAUCCCCCAGUAAACCCUUGGCACGGAAGGUCAUGAGUGGGAUGGAUUGGGAAGUAGUGAGUAGGAACUCCCUGUCUGAUGACAGGUUGGAAACCCAGAGCCUCCCGUCACGGUCUCCACCUGGAACUCCAAAUCACCGCAACUCCGCCUUCGCUCAAGAAGGAGCGCGGUUACGACCCUCGUCAGUCGGGCAUUUGGUGGAUCAUGUGGUUCACAGCUCCCCGAGUGAAGUAUUUGUAAAUCACAGAUCUCCAUCCUCCACCCAGGCCAACAGCAUCAUACUGGAAUCAUCCCCAUCUCAAGAGACUCCUAUAGAUGGGCAGCCUCCAGCAUUACCACCCAAACAAUUUAAAAAGAACAGCUGGAACCAAAUUCAUCAUUCACACUCACAGCAAGAACUGGAUAACCAUAUUAAUGAAACAUUUGAUGUUCCUGCAUCACCUGAAAAAUCCACUCCUAAUGGUGGUGUCCCCCAUGACAAUCUUGUUAUGAUCAGAAUGAAACCAGAUGAAAAUGGAAGGUUUGGCUUCAAUGUAAAGGGUGGAUAUGAUCAGAAGAUGCCAGUAAUAGUAUCCAGGGUAGCUCCAGGAACACCUGCUGAUCUGUGUGUCCCUCGUUUGAAUGAAGGGGACCAGGUUGUGCUGAUUAACGGCAGGGACAUAGCAGAGCACACCCACGACCAAGUUGUGAUGUUCAUUAAAGCUAGCUGUGAGAGACACUCAGGGGAACUUGUGCUCCUAGUUCGACCCAAUGCUGUCUAUGAUGUUGUGGAAGAGAAGCUGGAGAGCGAGCCUGAUUUUCAGUACAUCCCUGAGAAAUCUCCACUUGAUGGUGUCCAUCAAGAUGAUAAUGCUCUGAGGGAAUCCAUGAUUCAGUUAGCAGAGGGGCUUAUCACUGGAACUGUCUUGGCUCAGUUUGAUCAAUUGUAUAGGAAAAAGCCGGGAAUGACAAUGUCUUGUGCCAGAUUACCUCAAAACAUUUCCAAAAAUAGAUACAGAGACAUUUCGCCUUAUGAUGCUACACGGGUUAUUUUAAAAAGUAAUGAAGAUUACAUCAAUGCAAAUUAUAUAAAUAUGGAAAUCCCUUCUUCCACAAUAAUAAACCAGUACAUUGCUUGUCAAGGUCCAUUACCGAACACUUGUCCUGAUUUUUGGCAGAUGACUUGGGAGCAAGGCUCUUCUAUGGUUGUAAUGUUAACAACUCAAGUAGAACGGGGCAGAGUUAAAUGCCAUCAGUACUGGCCAGAGCCAUCAGGAAGCUCAUCAUAUGGGAAUUUUCAGAUUACCUGCCAUUCAGAAGAAGGAAAUCCUGCUUAUGUCUUUCGAGAAAUGACAUUGACUAAUCUGGAGAAAGAGGAAAGCCGCCAGCUGACCCAAAUCCAGUACAUAGCGUGGCCUGAUCAUGGGGUUCCUGAUGAUUCCAGUGAUUUCCUAGAUUUUGUGUGUCUUGUGCGAAAGAAGAGGGCUGGCAGAGAAGAACCUGUUGUUGUUCACUGCAGUGCUGGGAUUGGACGGACAGGGGUUCUGAUCACGAUGGAGACAGCGAUGUGUCUCAUUGAGUGCAAUCAGCCUGUUUAUCCUCUAGAUAUUGUCAGAACCAUGAGAGAUCAAAGAGCCAUGAUGAUCCAAACACCUAGUCAGUACAGAUUCGUAUGUGAAGCUAUUUUGAAGGUGUAUGAAGAAGGAUUUAUUAAACCUUUACAAGCAUCACUGCAUAAGUAAAGAGCAAAAAACCUAUGAUAUCAAUUGAGGAAUCUUGUCCUCUGUAAUGAACUGGCAACAUUCUUUGUGCCAUAAUACUGCUUGCAGGAAAUGAUAGUGAAGUACAGCAAAGAAUUGACAAAGGACUUUGAAAACUUCAGCACUGUUGCACUUUACGUUGAAACAAAAUCAGUCUCUGAAACUUCUGACCUUCAUCUGUUUGAAGACUUUAUUUUCGUGAUUUGCUCCGAACAAACCAUAAACUGAAAGAACUAAUUGUGUUCAGGGUAAUCUACGAUAUUUCAUUGUAGUGCCAUAUACUGCGCUUCUGGUUGAAUUGCUACAAACAAGGCUUGGAAUUAUUUCACUCUGUUUUACACCCAUGUCUCUUAAAACGAAAAACAAAUGAAAAAAAUACACUAAGCCAUGGUCUUUUUCCAGUGCUAGGUUUAUUUCCUAUGUACAGACUCUCACAGUUUUGUUUCUUACAACAUUAGCAAUAUUGCCAAUACUAGAUAGAUACACACUGCCUACUGAUGCAGCACACUUUGUCCUACACCCUUACUAGAGACCAGCUGGUUGUUAGAGGAGAGCUGGUGUCUGUUAACCCAGCAGUAGCUGCAUAAUGCCCACUUACCAGCAUCUUGUAUGAAAUAAUAAUAAAAAAUUUUAAAAACCAACAUAUAAAUAAACAGCAUUUCUUUGGCACAGCUUGUGUGUCAUACACUGGUGUAUUCUGAUUCGUGUGAUUUCAGAUUAUGUGAUGGGAACUAGUGCAUGCGUUAUGUCUUAACCCCUUAAGUGCCUUGAGACUUACAGCGUACAUCCAGUGAAAGGCACUCAUGAUUCCAUGGGGGUGGUAUUGUCCUGUCAUAUUUAUCUUAAUGGGUUCAGAUUUUUUAAAUGGCCCUUGGUGCUUGGAAUGUGUUACCACAAGGGGUCAUGGAAAUACCAUUCCCUCUUUUCCUUAUACAAGUACCUGUAUGCUACUCUCUCUAGCAAAAGCACCUCUGCCAACUUAACGAAUGAGCAUUGUAUGCUGCUGUGUUGUAAUUAUUAGAAAAAUCUGACACAUUCCUUCCAACUAGUAACUUACUAGCAUCUUACUACGAAAUGCUGGUAGAUCAUUAGAAGCUGAUACAUUGUUUUAUCCUCUUGUUGAGAAUAGCUGUUUUUCUCGAUUAGCUAUAACUCUUUAAUAGCACUGAUAAUUAAGUUGAACUUACAAUCAGAUGUGAUUUAAUUCCAUUACUUUCUAACUAACUCAUUAAGUCCUUGUAGUUGAUUUCAAGCCAUGUUCGUACAGGUCUGCCUUUUCUUUUCUUUGUUUGGAGGGGAGAAGGGAGGAGAACACUAUGAAGUUAUCCCAGAAUUUAAUUUCAUAAUGACCCCAGUCACCUUCUGUUAUGCUUGCGCAAAAUUGUUCCGGUUGGUAUGGGUUGCUUCUUAUUUAAAUAGGUAGAAGAUUUGUAAGAAAUGUCUGUCUGAUACAGUAUCUGAGCUCAUUCUAAAGAUGCAUAAGUGUCCCCAUUUUAAAGUAUUUUUCUAGUAUAGGAGAAACCAAGUCAGAAGCAAGGUACCCGGUGUAAUAUAUUGUAAGAAAAAAACAGUCACUUACUUGACUGCCCUGUGACAGCAUAACUUUGUGCCCUCUAUUUAAAGGUUUUAAUUUAUUGUAUUGGUUUCCUGAAAAUGUUUAUCCAUUAAAUUUUGUUGUAAGCUAUAUAUAUAGCAUAGAAUUAAAAUGGAAAGUUCUACGCUAAAUAAUUUUUAACUAUUGAAGAAUUAUAUUGUAUAAUAUACUAUGUUCUAUAGACAUUUGAAACAGAUCAGCUAUGAACUAUUAAAUGAAAAGGGAUUCAGGCAAAGUGAAAUCCUGGCUUAUGACUUAGUAAUGAGCAAGAACCACAAUGCCAAAUGUCAGAGAGAGUUUUAAAUAUUUUUAGAAAACAAAAUAAUAUUAGGAGGGCUGUGGCUCUGUUACUUAUAUUUCUAGAUUUGAUGCUUAAGGCAAUGUUAUCCCUCAGUGAAAAAUAAAUUUUACAAGAAUAUCUGGAUCUGAACUGAACUGCAAAAGAGUAAUAUGGUAGCUUUAAUCUCAGUUAUAUUUUAAGCCAUUUGCAACAAAUAAAAAGUAUUUUUUAUCGUUCUUUAACUUCCAUGUGAUGAGGUUAUUAGCCGAGUUGCUGUCUAGUUAGAAGGUUAUAUUGAACUCAACACUUAAUGUCCAAAAAGUAAAAUAAUUCAUCCAUUAUACUAAAAAAAAUUUUCUUCAUGGUUAAGUUGUAAACAAAAAUAGCAUUUGCCCUGUUAUUCUAAGGGAAAUCAGAAACAGAGCAUUAUAUAGCAUUGGUAUGUCACAUAUUUAAAUACUCUUGCGUAAAAUUGCCGUAGCAGUUCAAGUUCAAAAGUCCCAUUUAUACCACAAUUAAGUGUGUGAAAUCUAUUUGUAAUCUGCCAUUACAGUUUUGAUUACAGACACAGGCAAGAAUAAUAGGUCUCUUCAAAAUUUUCCUCUGCACUGACUUGUAACUAUCUGCACUGGGGAAAAAAUUGGAACAAAGUACCUAUUCUUAAUUAAUUGGGCAUCAGCGACUCAGUGGCUUUUGGCAUCUCCAAAGCCAGGUUAAAGGUAAAGGAAAAGAGAACAGCACUGAAGCCUUUCUGCACCAGAAAUCAGUCAUUUAAAUUUUUCUACCUGUUGUGGUAUAAAUGGCCUUUUAAAUAUUUUUAUAUGGCCAAAAAAAGCAAAACUGCAUAAUAUUUUACUUUGGGUUAUGAAGAUCUGUAUCAUCUUUAAGAGUUUUUUAAAGAAGUUUUUGUAUGUUUCAUGCUGUACAAAACAUGAAUGUAUCUUUCAGACAUAAUGACUUAUAGACCUUUAUGUGAUUGGUGUUAUGACUGUUGGAUUUUAUGAAUAAUUAUUUUCAUACCAUUUGAUUAGGAAAAAUGUUGGGUGGGUGUGGGAAGGAGUAUGUUUGUAACACUUCCAUGAUACAAAUCCAGUGAAAGAAAAAAAAAAAAAAAAAAGUAGUUUUCGUUGUAAAUAAGAGCAAUAUUAUGACAAUUUUGUGCCAAUGUAAAAUGUUAAGAUAUUUGGUUAUACUUUUAGGUUCAGAUUGAAAACUACCACUACCAUCUCUUGUUUAAAAUGGAUUUGAAGGCUUGAGGGUUUUUUUUGUCAAAAGACAUGGGGCUCUAGUGGGGGCUUUGAGUGUUUUCUGGGAGCAUUUUUUGUUUUUGCUAAAUAUGAAAUAAGAUACAGAUAUUGUUUUUUAAACCACCUACAGAUUGUCAGCCAGUCCACUUUGAGAAAUACUGCAUUAGAUAUCCAGAUAACUGAGAGCUGAAAAAUUCAUUUAUCUUGAAUUUGAAAGCAUUUGGUAUUUUCAUCACUUAUAGGUCUUAAGCAGUAAAAUACUGCUUUUAUGCAUUUCAUUUUUAUCUGUUUUCUCCCAGUUAUGAAAAAGUGAGUGGCUGGGGUUUUUUUCUCACUAGAUUUAAUGCUAGCUGACAUUUGUUCCAUGUUUCUCUGUUAAAUCUCAAAAGCAUAUAUGCCAUAUAGAUAAAGCAAUAACACUUCUCCCAAAAUAUCUGAUUACAGUCUGGCACACCAUCUAGUAAAGAAUGGAUGAGAAAGCAGUUGGGACAUUAAGAAACAUGAGGAGUUUGUUAAGGAACUUGUGUAGCUGGCAACUUUCAGUGGAGACCUUCCAAAAAACUUCGUGGUACCUGUGGAAGGGCCAAAAUGCAGCGGACGUGCUGCAGUUGCACUGCCCAGGGAAACGGGCACAAGGGAAGGUCUGGCAUAGAGAUGUUGGAGCUCCAGGUAUGCUGUGGAGCUGGAUUAUGUGAUAUUUUUAUGCUUAUGCAGUGUGUGUGCAGGUGUGUGGGUGAUGUUUGAUGGCUCAGGGAAUUAACAUGAGCAUGAAAAGCUCUACAGAUCCACCAGUUUCCAAGCAAAAGAAGGUUGUCUAGUACAUGUGCUGUAGUUUUGACUGUAGAGCUCCUGCGCAGGCAGUCAGCAAGCCCUUCAGCCCUGAGGAUAAAAGAAGUGAUUUGGUUAUGGUCCAUAUAAAAAUUUUGCAUAUUUGGACUUCCACCAGUAUCAGUGUCCUCUAAUACCAGUUGCAGUCUUUUUGUAGCUGACAUCUCAGGUCCCCAGUUGGCUGGGCUGGGUGUAUUUGCCAAUUUUAGUACCCAUCUUUUGCCUUGAGACUGAAAAGGUUCUUUCCAUUGCUACUUCUAGUGCUAGGAUCCAGUAUUAAGAUCUGGUAAAAACAUACUCGUUGAUUAACUGUGGAUCUUGCAUGAAUAUGCAGGGAUUUAUAAUUAGUGGUGAUUGGGAAACGGUUAGAAGGAGGAAAUGGUUGGUUUGUUUCAGUGUAACUGUUCUGUCCAGUCUCUGUUAUCCCACUGCACUUAGUCACUUCUUUGUUUAGAAGUCUGCAAAGAAGGCCAGUUCCUUCUCACAGGAUUUUACCUCUGUGCUUGUCACUCCCACAGGUGUCUGCCUUUUCACAGGGCUUCUCCCGCUACAAGUAUGAGAUCUGGUGCAUAAGCUGUAAAUUCUGGCUAUUGGCUUUGGCAUGUUUUCCUCAUUGAGAUUUCAGUGGUAACAAAGGAGAGAUAAAUGACUUCCUUUUAAAAAAUGCUGAAAUACUCAGUUGUAAAAAGGUAGACAUUUUGAUUAGAAGCUUCAUUUUAAAAAAGCCACAAAAAUAUCUGAUUCUAUUCCGCUGUAGCAAGAACGGUGGUUCACGGACUGGCUGGCAGCUUGUUGGUUCUUGUAUUUCAUAUUUAGCAAGCUUACACAUUUUAAAGGAUCAUUUUUUUCAAAGUGUUUUGAUGUUUGAAUAGUAGCACUUUAUCUCAUGCUUACUACUGACUGAACUAUUGGACAAAAUAAAUUGGGUUUGGAGAGAGAUUCUUAAUGUGUUUCUGUACAGAGAUGAUUCGGAUUAUACCCUGGUACGAAUGAUUUCUAUUGUUCCAACCAUUUCUUGUUGAUGUAUUUCUGAGGGAUUUUCAGAAAAUAGGUAUUAAUAAGAUAAUGGUAUCAUCUCAAUUUUCUUGUCUUAAUAGAAAUAUGAAGCCUGCAUUUGGGAA